UCGGAAGUCCGUCUUUUAGAGUCAUCCGAGUGAGCAACGCCCGGGCUGUAGGAAUAAGAUGGCGGGGAAGAAGAAUGUUCUGUCCUCUCUGGCGGUUUACGCAGAAGAUUCAGAGCCCGAGUCUGACGGCGAGGCCGGAGUCGAAACGGCAGGCAGCGCGGCUGGUGAGGCCCGAGAAGGGAGCUGGAAGGGGAGAAGCAGAAGAGAAAGGCGGAUUGGUAUCUGAAGACUAUGGAGAGGAAGAUAUUUCUCGCCUCGGGGGUGAUGAAGAUGGUUAUGAAGGAGAGGAGGAUGAGAACAGCAAACAGUCGGAAGAUGACGAUUCAGAGACUGAAAAACCUGAGGCUGAUGACCCAAAGGAUAACCCAGAAGUAGAAAAACGAGAUCCACAGGAAUUAGUUGCCUCCUUUUCUGAAAGAGUCCGGAACAUGUCCCCUGAUGAAAUCAAGAUCCCGCCUGAACCCCCUGGCAGAUGCUCGAAUCACUUACAAGACAAGAUCCAGAAGCUUUAUGAGCGGAAGAUAAAGGAGGGCAUGGAUAUGAACUACAUCAUCCAAAGGAAGAAAGAGUUCCGGAACCCCAGCAUCUAUGAGAAGCUGAUCCAGUUCUGUGCAAUCGAUGAGCUCGGCACCAACUACCCAAAGGAUAUGUUUGACCCUCACGGAUGGUCUGAGGACUCCUACUAUGAGGCGUUAGCCAAAGCCCAAAAGAUUGAAAUGGACAAAUUGGAAAAGGCCAAAAAGGAGAGAACCAAAAUCGAGUUUGUGACAGGCACCAAGAAAGGCACCACGACCAACGCCACGGCCACCACCACGACCACAGCCAGCACCGCUGUUGCAGAUGCCCAGAAGAGAAAGAGCAAGUGGGACUCAGCCAUCCCGGUGACAACCAUAGCCCAGCCCACCAUACUCACCACCACGGCAACCCUGCCAGCUGUUGUCACAGUGACCACCAGUGCCAGUGGCUCCAAGACCACCGUUAUCUCUGCCGUGGGAACCAUCGUGAAAAAGGCCAAGCAGUGACCCGAGGGACGGGCUCGGUGUGGCUCGGACACUCUCCUUUCCGUCACAGGAGGAGCCACUUCAGGACUUGACGAGACUCUGCAGCCCAGUGACCGAUGCCCAAGGAGAGGUGCCACUUUGUACAUUUCAGGACUGAGACCUGCUCCCCUGACGCCAUCUCCAGAGAAACCUUUAUGUGGCGUUCUAGCCCGAAGAGGACAUUGCUGCAGAGGAGCGGGGCACUGUGGACAGUGUCUGCACACCGCUGGGGUCUGUUCCCGAUUAAAAGCGCUGUGUUCUUACAUCUCGGCGUCUCGGAUGCGCUGGCCUUUCCUGCAGCCUGUUUGCAGGCACGUGCGAAGCUCAGGUGCCCUCUCCAUCUCUUCGGUUGGGGUUAUUUCUCAGGGUCGAUGAGGGGGUGGCCCAGGAAGUUGCCGUGCCAUUCCCCGAGGACGCCACUUGACAUAGGCAGUGGGGGUUCAGAGCGGGGGAGACCUCGUGUUCCCACUGUCCUGACCCCUUCUCAGGAGCUGCGGCCUCGGCUCCCCUGGGAGCGAUUGAGCCUCUCCGCGCACUUCUUGGACACACCCAGGCUUUGAAGUCAGGCCAGUUACCAGAAGGACUAGGGUUGAUCCCCAACCAGCAUGGGGAAGGGAAAGGCGUCGGCACCUGGCCAAGGUCCCUUGGUACCUGGCCAGCGGGCCAGCAGGCUCCGCGCAGCAGGGGAGAUGAAUCACCUCCUGCCUGGGCUGGGGGCAGCUCGUUGUUGACACGAGGGCCCGGCCGCUGGCAGGACCUGCCACCCCGCCCUUCCUGUGCCUGUUAUCUCUGCCCUGCAGCCGCGCCUGGGCCGCGCAGGGCCCGCCGGGCUCCUCUCGGGGCCAAAGCAGAUCUCCCAGCCACCGCCGGCCCAGAGGGGACGCGUUUUCCUUCCUUGCUCUUUGGCAGCGCUCCGCGCCGGCGGAAGGGCUGCGUGUCGGGGAAGGAAGCCGGGCUGUGAAGAGCCGUGUGCCCCGCAGAGGAGUGUGGUGGACCUGCCCUGCUGUCUCCCAAGUCAAAACCGAGUCGCACCUGUCCCCUCCCUCUCACACGUGACUUGGCGCUAGGGGACCAUCUUUUGACAGGAGUUUGCAGCCCUGGAGAGGAGCUGCUGCCUCUGUCCCCAGAAGUCUCUAAAGGGGCUUCCCGCCCUGCAGCCUCCAGCGGGGCCCCCUCAGCACAAGGUCACUGGAGGUUGCAUGGGACAUUGGGGACAACAGUAAACACUGCAACUGCUAUGGGAAACAGGGCGGUGGGCCUCAAAAAAUUUAAAGUGGACUACUGUGCUGUCUAUCCCACUUUUGGGUAUAUAUCCAAAAGAAUUAAAGGCAGGGUCUUGGAGUUAUAUUUGCACCCCAUGUUCAUAGCAGCAUUGUUUGCAAUAUCUAAGACGUGAAAGCAGCCCAGUGUCCGUUGACAGAUGAUGGGUAAACAAAAUGUGAUAUAUCCGUAAAAUGGAAUAUUAUUCAGCCCUAAAAAGGAAUUCUCACGUAUGCUACAAUGUAAAUGUCCCUCAAGGACCUUAUGCUACAUAACAUAAGCCAGUCACACACACAAAAAAAAAACCACUGUACAAGUCCACUUAUGUGAGUUAUCUAAAGGAAUAAAAUUGACAAAGAUGAAAAAUAGAAUGGUAGUUAACCAAGGUCUGGGGGAGGGAGAAAAUAUGGGGGUUGUUUAAUGGGCAUAAGGUUUCAAUUUACAAGAUGAGAAAGUUCUGGAGAUCUGUUGCCCAAAAAUGUGAAUAUACUUAACACAAUUGAGCUGUACAUUUAAAAAUGAUUAAGAUGAUAAUUUUUAUGUUAUGUUUUUAUCACAAUUUAAAAAUCUUUUGGGUUACUGUUUAAUAAUAGUAAUUUAAAUUUUUUUCUAAAACUCAAAAACAUUUACCUUGUAUCGUUGGAGGCACAUAGUUCAUCCCCUGUUGAUAGAGGAAAUCUUUUUUUUAAAAAAAAAAAAUCAGAAGUCUACCUUCUAUUAAAUGUAGAAAUGGAAAAUCACCAUUCUUCAACCCCAAAAGAAUAAUUGAGUCAGGCAAGGAUCAACCGUGCAUGCUAAAACCCUUUGGUGAAAUGUUGGGAACUGGGCAAGGUGACAGAGCAUCACAACACCCCUCUAGAUUCCUUCUUCACACAAAGUGAAAAAUAUAUUUCUACAACGAAGACAGAUGGCAGUCGCUUCCUUAAUCACUAAGAGGCAGCUGACAUCAUGUACCACCCAAUAAAACACACAGCGUAACCUAUGACCAUCUUUGCCAAAAAUGUUUAACCUGCAUCUAAUCAGGCUUUUAGACCUAACUUCCAGUUUACAGGAGGCUAAAAAAACAAGUCCAAUGACACCAUGAGGAAGCAAUCAGACAAAUCCAGACAGUGGGACAUUCUGCAGGUCAGCUGGCCUCUUUAAAAGGUCGGUGUGUUGGGGAGGGAGCGGCGGGGAGACUUUUAAAGGAAGGAAGAAAACAAAUGCAGUGGGUGAAAUGGACUGGACUCGAAUUCAAGGAGAAACAGUUACAACAUUUUUGGGACAACUAAGACAUUUUAAUGUGAUCAAAUCAGAUAUUAGGACAUUCUUGUUCAUUUUCUCAGACGUGAUAAAGUUAUUGUUAUGUGCGGACUGUUCUUAGGAGGUACAUGCUUGGAGUUUUUUGGGAGAAAAUGUAAUAUCUUCAACUUACAUUCGAAUAAAAAGAUAAAUACAUGACAUAAAGCAAA